CCACUUCUCUGCAGCUAGCCGGCCACACAGCUGACUGAGCGAAUGAACACCACCCGCCAGGGUCAGCCUCACCACCCGCCGUCCCAGUGGCGGCGCAAAGGCCCUGCAGCGGCAGCGCACCCUAUCCCCCACACACACCCACCGACACAUCCGCCCACUCCUCAGCACACUCAUGACGCCCACAGCGAGAUGGUGAACGGCGCUCUGCCCAACGGCGUGCACCCCUACCCCAUCCACGACGGCAUCGUAGCGAUGGAGGUGGCUGCCGGUGCGGGUCGAGGCGCCAAGAGCCGCGGGCGGAACAAUCGCAGCAGGAAGAACAGGCGGGGAGGGAGGGGGGGCGCGGGAGCGGGUGGUCAGCAGGGGGUGGAGAAUGGCCAUGUGGGUGACGCCGCUGCUGCCGGUGGGCCUGUCGAGACGUCGGUGCUCCACAACGGCCAUGGCCUCAACGGCCACCCACCACAGCCCCCUCAGCACCACCAGCACGCAGAAGAAGAGGAUGAGGAGGCUGCGGAUGAUGGCGAGGGUCAGGAGGGCGCCAACCCCAUUAGCCGUCUGCCCAUGCACCCCUCCAACUCGCACCAUGAUCGCUAUCGCCGCGUGCAGGACGAUGACCACGAAGAGAUGUCCUUCUCCCGGCCAUCCUCUUCGCCCAGCCCCAUCUCACGGAGCAACGACCCAUUGCACGGCGUGAGAGAGACGUUGCCCGAGACCUUCCAGGCCGUGGCUGCGCAGAACGGCGAUCAGCAGCAGAGGGGGGCGGAGGGUGAGUUGAAUCGCCUGCGUGUGCCGGGUGGUUUGACUGAGAGGCAUUUGCGCCGCUCGCCGCCGAGUUUCCCGACGUCUGGUUCGUCGAAUAAGCAGCACGAGCCUGAGGAGGAGCUGAGUCUCAUGAACAUCGCUGACUCCAUGGAGAAGAUCAUCAAGGUGCGUGAGAGAGCGAGGGGAGGAGAGGAGAACAGGCCGGAGAAACAGAGAGAGGGUGAAUGCCAUCCAUCCAUUUGUGUGUGUGGUGGUGGGUCCGUCCACGCAGGAGUUGGGUGAGGAUCCCAGCCGUGACGGUCUGUUGAAGACGCCCAUGCGUUAUGCAGAGUCGAUGUCGUAUCUCACGUCGGGAUACAAGCAGAAGCUGGCAGGUAAGGAAGUGACGCGCAGAAAGCCACCAGAAGAACGCAAGAAGCGUGUGUGUUUGUGUGUGUGUGUGUGUGUUGGUUGUGGGAUGGCUCGGAUGGAUGGCCAGAUGUGGUCAACGACGCCAUCUUUGAUGUGGACUGCAAGGAGAUGGUCAUAGUGCGGGACAUCAACAUAUUCUCGCUCUGUGAGCACCACCUGCUGCCCUUCAUGGGCAAAUGCGACAUCGGGUCGGCACACACACACAUACACACACACACGGACACAGACAGACACACUCGCGCAGCGCAUACUGACAAGAGAGAAAUUAAGGCGAGUGGACGCGUGUGUGUGUGUGUGUGUGGUUGCAGGUAUAUUCCCAACGGGAAGGUGUUGGGCCUGUCGAAGCUUGCGAGGAUCGCUGAAAUGUUCUCCAGGAGGCUGCAGGUCAGCCAACGCAUUCCAUUCACCCGCCGUGUCCGGCCGGAUGAGAUGUCGGUGUUGUGUUGUGUUCUGCUUGUGCGUGUGCAGGUGCAGGAGCGUCUGUGCAAGGAGAUUGCCGAGGCCAUCGACGAGGCCGUCAAGCCCCUGGGCGUGGGCGUCGUCAUACGCGCCACGUACGAACGGAACCGACCGACCGACAAAACCAUAAGCUAGACAGACAGCGGCCGACACACACACACACAUCCACACACAUCGACACAAACUUGUGUGCAUCUCUCUCUCUCUCUGUGUGUGUGUGUGUGUGUUCAGGCACAUGUGCAUGGUGAUGCGUGGCGUGUCGAAGCCGGGCGCUCUCACCAUCACCAGCGCCGUCCUCGGCUGCUUCAGGUGGGUGGGUGGGUACACGACGCCAUCCAUCCAUCCAUCCAUCCACCCACCAUGGCUCUGUCUGUCUGUCUGUCUGUGUGUGUGAUUGUCAGGCGUCAGCACAAGACCCGUGCCGAGUUUUUGAACCUGAUCGCCCAGGACAGACGGGACAUCUUCUCAUAGGCAGGCAGGCAGGCAGACACACCACCAUGAUGACAUACAUGGCUGCAUCCAUCGUGUCGGCCCCUUUUCCUCCACGAGGAGGCACGGACCGGACGGUCACAUCGCACACAACGGAGACAGACAGGAGAGAGAGGUGGGGGCUCGUCUCGUCCGUGCUGUAGGCAGAGAAGAGAGAGAGAGGUGUCAUGGUUCGAUUGGGCCGGGGGUUCGGAUUUUUCAACUGAGUUGCGGGCUGUCUGUGUGUCUGACUGUUUGCCAUAAUCACAUCAAUGAUCUCAUCGGUUUUGCACUCACUGGCCCGCAUGAGCACGUGUGUGUGUAGAUACUCCUCACUAUCUCACUUUCCCGCCUUCGAGCCGUUGCUGUCAAUAGUGUCACCCACCACUAUCGUCUGAUGCCGCUUGCUCUUGGUUGCUCGUCUUUCUAGGCCCUCUGUCGCCUGACACGGUACGGUGCUGCUCCAGCAGAAGAACCGAUGCAGGCCUGGGGCCGGAUUGGCCUGUAUUCUCUCUCUCUCUCUCUCUCAUCGCUGCGUGUGGUGUGUUGUGCUUGGAUGCACUGCAUGCGAAAGAGCUGCACGUCAUGUUUGUUGCGGUCAGCCGCCCGCUGCAUGUCGUGUGGAUGGACGGACAUGCCUUUCUGCCUGCCGGAGAAAGAGUUUUCAAGUGAGGAUUUUGUCGUCGAGCGCGUGUACGUGUGCGUGUGCGUGUGCGUGGCAAUGACAGUGACAAUGACACAAUGGAAAUCAGGGCUCGGAGCGUGAUAUAGAGGCUGAUGAUAUACUUAUAAAGGGAAGCAUC